AUGGCAGCCAUCCCAGAGACACAUCGUUCCCUCAUGCUCACUUCCUUCGACGAACCACUCUCUGUCAAGACGCUGCCCACUCCCACUCAACUCUCAGGCAGUGCCAUAGUCCAGAUCCUCUCCGUGCCAAUCCUGUCCUAUGCCUCCAAACUCUACUCUGGCGCAAUGGGAUAUCCACUUCAUCUUCCCCUGACCAUAGGAGGCGGCGCCAUCGGCCGCAUCAUAAGCGUCGGCAGUGAUGCCACAUACCUCGCGCCGGGUCAAAUGGUGCUCGUGGAUCCGAUGAUCCGCGGCCGUGAUGACCCAACAAAGAGUAUUCUCCUCGGGGUCCACGGUGGCAUCUCAGAAGGCGCCGCUCGCCUGAUGGCCGGUGACUGGCGAGACGGGUCGUGUGCUGAGCUUGCCAGGUGGCCGUUGGAGAACGUGCAUGCGCUCGAUGAAAGGAAGUUGCUCGAGGAACAGGGCUACACCGUCCACGAGCUGGCUUAUCUCGUGCGUUUGCUCGUGCCCAUGGGCGGGCUCUCCGAACUCAACGUCGGCGCGGGUGAGAGAGUGGUCAUCGCACCGGCAACAGGGCAGUUCGGUGGCGCCGCUGUCGAAGUCGCUCUAGCGUUGGGUGCGGACGUGGUCAUCUGCGGGAGGAAUCGCGUCGUGCUGGAGAAGAUGAAGGCUAGUCUCAGCCCUGCCUAUCCCUCGGCUAACAUCGAGAUCGUCCAGCUCUCGGGCGACGUGGACGUGGACGUCAAAGCGCUGACGCAGAACGGUGCAUGUGACAAAUACAUCGACUUCUCGCCCGCUGCGGCGGCUCGGUCCGCACACAUCACCGCGUGUCUCAUGGCGUUGAGGAAAGGCGGCAAAGCUUGCUUCCAGGGCGGGAUCCCUGGGCCCGUUGACGUGCCGUACCUGUUGGUCAUGUUCAACGAUCUAAAGAUCAGUGGGAAGUUCAUGUACGAGCGCCGGGAUGUCAAGGAUCUCAUCCGGCUGGUCGAAUCCAAGAGACUGAAAUACAAUGUCAGCACUAUGCAAGUGUUUGGCUUGGAAGAGUGGGAGACCGCAUUCGAUGUUGCCGGGAGGAAUACCGCCUGGAGAGAGAUCAGUGUCUUUGACCCGAGCACGAAAUCUUGA